AUGAGAGGAGUGCUUGAGGAUGGCUUUCCCGCAGCUACCUUCAGGCGCCCACGAUGCGCAAGUCCCCAUCCCAACGGAAAACUGAUCACCCUCGUCCCCCUCUCCUUUCAACAGACACCCUCCCGGCUCGCAACAACCCUCCAAGCUCCACCUCCACCUCCGCAAUCUCCACCACCACCCCCCGGCUCCCAACCAUCCCAAUCGUCACCACCACCACCACCACCCCCGCCCCCAGGCUCCUCCCCAACCCGCCUCCCCCUAACUAUCGUAACCCUCCUCGCAACCCCCAUCCUCGGCACCCUCCUUUACCUCUACCUUACAGACACGCGCGCCUCCAUCCACACCACCGUGACAAUGCCCCUAAUGCACCUCCUGAUGGACCCGGAGGAGGCGCACGCGUUUAGUAUCUGGUGUGCCAAGUGGGGAAUUGUUCCGAGGGAACGUGGGGAUAUUGAGGAGGACGGGGGGAGGUUGGCGACUGAGCUCUUCAACUACCCCCUCCCCUCCCCUCUCGGCCUCGCCGCCGGCUACGACAAGAACGCCGCUGCAAUCGACGCCUUCUUCGCCCUCGGUUUCUCCACCGUCGAAAUCGGCUCCGUCACACCCCUCCCUCAACCGGGAAACCCCCAACCACGAAUGUUCCGCUUGAGUCAGGACAAAGCCGUGAUCAACCGCUACGGGUUCAACUCGGAGGGCGUGGAUGUCGUGGAGGCCCGUCUCGCGGCCCGGUAUCGCAAACACCAACGUAAAUACGGUCUCCCCGACAAUGAAAUGGCCUCUUUACCCAAAUCACUGAUACAAGGGAAGAUGUUGGGAGUCAACCUGGGAAAGAAUAAGACGAGCAAAGAGGGGGACAACUCCGAUUAUGUGGUGGGUGUCGAGAGGCUGGGACGGUGGGCGGAUUAUGUGGUGGUCAACGUGAGCUCGCCGAAUACCCCGGGGUUGAGGAGGUUGCAGGGAAGGGAAAUGGUGGGCGGGUUGUUGGGCGAUGUGAUAAAAGCACGAAACACCCUCCCCCACCACCCGCCGCUCUUGAUCAAGAUCGCGCCGGAUCUGACGGACACGCAGAUCCACGAUAUCGCGGAUAUGGUCGCCGAGACGGGCGUCGACGGCGUCAUCAUCAGCAACACCACCAUCGCCCGGCCAAUUGAUCUCAAAUCACCCAUGAACGUGACGACCGAAACAGGGGGUCUAUCCGGCCCGCCGCUGCUCCCCCUCUCCCUGCGCGCCGUGCAGACGUUCAGCGCGUACGCGCAAGCGAAGGGGUACCGGAUCCCGAUCAUCGCGUGCGGGGGCAUCUCGACCGCGGACGACGUGAUGAAGUACCGCGACGCGGGCGCCGUCGGCGUGCAGAUGUACACCGGGUUGGCGUAUCACGGCCCGGGGAUCGUCGGCGAGAUCAAGCGCGGGCUGAGGGAGGUGUUGGCGGAGCGGGGUGAGACCUGGGCGGGGAGGAAAUUAGGUGUCGAGUGA